UAGACGCGAGAUUCUCGCUUACCGGUGACUCGCGUCAUCUCGCGUUUAUCGCUUUAAGAAUUAUUUCGAAUGUUUAUAUGAACGUAUACACAGUUGAAACCGUUUAAAGCAGGUCCGCGCAGAUAACCUGCUAGCCAGCGUUUAAAGUAAUUAAAAUUUAGUUUAUUUCCGCGCUUGUCGUACGCGUGUCCACGUGUGUUGCCAUGGAUAAGGAACUACUUAUUGCUGCGGUUUUUGAAAGGGCAGCUAUUUGUAACAAGAGGGAUAAAUUACAUUGCAAUCGCAAUGUGAUUGACAAAUACUGGAAGGAAAUAAGCGCUGAAAUGAAACAAGAUGAGUCCAAGAUCAGAAAGCAAUGGAAAUAUUUGCGGGACCAAUUCUCUGUUGAAUUGGGAAAAUACCCUCCACCAAGAUCUGGAGACGCUGCUGAAGUUGUGCCCACAUCCAAGUGGCCAUAUUUUGAACAACUUCUUUUUCUAAAGGACGUUAUCAAGCCGAGGGUAACCAGUGGAAAUUUGUCAAGCACGCAGUCAACGCAGCAGACAGAACAGACACAGGAGACAGAACAGACACAGGAGACAGAACAAAAUCAAUCUUUGGACGAGAAUAGCGAUAAAGAGGAAUCUUCUCAAGCUAGUCAAAGUUGCGUGAUACCACCUACUCGUAUUUUACGGCAAACUAAUUCUAUUUUCGCACCUAGUACAUCACAGAGAAGAAAAAGAACUGCUACUGAUGCAUAUCAGGAAUCAAUUCUGGAAAUAGAAAAACGCAAAGUCGAGUAUCUGGAAAAUAAAGCCAAAAAAAGUUGCACUGAUCAAGAUGACGAACAUCUGUCAUUUUUUAAAAGUUUGCUUCCACAUGUAAAGAAAAUACCUGAAAACAGAGUAUUAUCUUUUCGUUGCCGCGUGCAAGAAUUAGUGGAUCAAUAUUCCUACCAACAUAACACUUUCCUCGUUCCUCCUCCAUUAUCUUCUACAUCGUCCCAUUCUAGUGGGCAUUCUUCUGGCGAUCCUAACUAUCAUACCAUACAUGAAAACACCCACUCUUCCAUUCCCUUAAACCCAUCAAUCACAUUCCAAAGGCUUCCUGCUAAUGUUCCUACACCUAUUUAUAAUAACCAGGAGGAAAACUCGACUUAUAAUCCUUAUUUCCAUUAACAAAUAACAGUAUUCCUAUAUGGCGUUAAGCUCAUAUUUGUUUAAACAAAAGUAAUAAAACAAUUUUAUAACCUAAAAAUAA